AUGGAUGCGGCCCUGCUUGAGAAUCCAGUGUCUUCGGGUGGUGAGACAAGAAGCGGAUUUCGAGCCGAGGGCGGCUUGGGUUGUGGUUGUUUUCGUUACUCCUUGGGAGCCCCACCAUGUGUGGAUGACUUUGCCUUGCGUGGGCCGUGGACACAACCCAAAACAGAUCGAUCCAUGGAUGAUGGCUCUCGUCUCUUUACUUGUUCCGGUGCUGUUGCUGGCCCCCGCAGCCGGCACAAGACAACCCAGGGCGGACCCAGCGCACAUUGCAUUGCGCACCAGUCCGAAGGCGAUGUGUUGCUGAACGUUUCCGACGUGGCGUUUCGGCCGUGGGGUCUGCUUGCGCCAGCUGCGACCAGAGCAUCCGGAAGCCCUCGGUCGACAACGCUCUCAAGGCAAGGGCAAACUACUUGUGGGCCUUGGCUCGACUCCACCAGCAACAAUGCCCCUUCACAGGAAUCAAGAGCAAUGCAUAUGCCCCAGGCGCUUGCUGAGGCCUCGCGCCCUGCAUGGACAGCGGGUCAGCACAAGCAUCCUCGUCAAAGCUGCUUGGCUGAAGAUGGGCUUGGACUUCUGGGGACGUUCAUCCUCCCGGCAGUUUCUUUGGCUACAGGCCGUGUCCUCCCGCCAUGUGAGCAGGAUGCCGGUGCCCGGCUGCAGGGUGGUCUAUGGGGCCGACGCCUUUCCGCAUUCGCCAUGUCCAACAACAAACGACUCUCGGUGGCAUUGGGCAGUCGAUGA